AUGUUUGGAAAAAGGUUUUUUGGCCUUAGAGGACCUAAACUCAACUAUGCAAUUAGUAUUAUAGCUGGAAUAGAUUUCCUCUUGUUUGGGUAUGAUCAAGGAGUCAUGGGUGGACUCUUGACCCUCAAGAGCUUUACCAAAGUAUUCCCCGAGAUGGACACCUCUGAGAGUCUUCCUGCACAUGUAAGAUCGCGAAAUGCAGAGGUUCAAGGCGUUGCGAUCUCCAUGUACAACAUCGGGUGUUUCUGCGGCGCAUUGGCUUGUCUCUAUCUUGGAGAUAAGCUUGGUCGAAGGAAGACGCUUUUCACUGGGGCGAUGAUCAUGGUCAUUGGAGCUAUCCUCCAAACUACUGCGUAUUCUUUGGGUCACUUUAUUACUGGACGGCUCGUGACAGGAUUUGGAAAUGGCCUCAACACUGCUACCGUCCCUGUAUGGCAAUCAGAAUGCUCGAAAUCUCACGACCGUGGAAGGCUUCUUAUGAUUGAAGGUGCUCUGGUAACUGGUGGAAUUAUGAUAUCGUAUUGGAUCGACUUUGGUUUCUCGUUUUUAGAGCCCUCGGAGAUCUCCUGGCGAUUUCCAAUCGCGUUCCAAAUUGUUUUUGCAUUAGUUAUCGUCAUAUUCAUCCUGCCUCUCCCCGGGUCACCACGUUGGCUAUUGUUGAAAGGACGUGAGACCGAAGCUUUAGAGGUCUUGACAGCCCUUGACGACGUCCCGGCCGAUGACCCCCAAGUCAUGGGCGAGCUAGCAGAGAUCAAAACAGCUCUUGAAGAAACUGCUGCCGCUACAUUUAAGGAUCUAUUCACCAUGGACGAGAACCGUAAUUUCCACCGCGUGGUCCUAGGAUAUAUGAUUCAGGUGUUCCAGCAGAUCUCAGGUAUCAAUUUGAUCACAUACUAUGCAGCAACUAUAUACGAGCAAUACAUCCAUCUUGAACCACUACUCGCAAGAAUCCUAGCGGCCUGCAAUGGGACUGAAUACUUCUUGGCAUCAUGGAUCUCUGUCUUUAUCAUUGAGAAAGUUGGGCGAAGAAAGCUAUUACUGUGGAGUACAGCGGGUAUGAGUGCCUCCAUGGCAAUUCUUGCCAUCAUGACCAGUAUCGGAGGAGGCGCCACUGGAAUUGUUGCUGCGAUUUUCUUGUUCGUCUUCAAUACUUUCUUUGCCGUUGGCUGGCUUGGAAUGGCAUGGCUAUAUCCAGCAGAGGUCACGCCUCUACGUAUCCGUGCCAGGGCCAAUUCCCUCUCUACUAGCGCCAACUGGAUCUUCAAUUUCAUGGUGGUAAUGAUUACUCCUGUUGCCUUCGCAAACAUCCAGUACCGCACCUACAUAAUCUUCGCUGUGAUCAACGCCGCUAUCAUCCCCUGCCUCUACUGGUUCUACCCUGAGACUGCGUACCGCUCCCUCGAAGAGAUGGACAACAUCUUCAAGAAAAGCAAGAGCAUCUGGGACACUGUCCGCAUUGCAGCGCAAGAGCCACUGCGCCACGGAAAGCAUGGUGAAUUAUUGGUCAUUCCUGAUGCCGAAAGGAGAGCGAGCGAUUUGACCAAGACCGAGUCAAAGGCGGAGCAUCGCGAGUAUAUUGAUGGCUCUUCUGAGACGAUCUAG